AUGGUAGAAGAGAUGACUAGCUACCAAGAGGGAUCACACCUGGUGGAGUUCGGUUAUGCCGACUUUGAAAAAAUAUUCAAAAAGACCGGUAUUUUGGGCGAAGGGGUCAGUGGCGAAGUAUUGCUGGGAGAGUUUUUCAACAGACCUGCCUGCGCUAAAAUAGGAGUAAGCCAUGGCGUCAACAACAUCUUUAAAAGUGAGAUAGAAAACAAUUUAAAAAUAAAUGGCGCUGGUGGAUCCCCCAUCCUGCUGGGGUCGUGCAUCGAUUACCCGGUAAUGAUCUUCUCAGUCUGCCAGGGUCAAUCAUUGUACGACAUUAUCGAUAAUUUAUUUGUUUUAUCUCCCACCCGGUCGAUAAACCUCUUCCUACCCAUAGCUGAAGGCCUAGCCGAGGUACACAGCCGGGGUAUCAUCCAUAAUGACAUUAAAGGGGAUAAUGUUCUGCUGGAGAAGAAUCCCGAUGGAUCCUUCACCUCCCACCUUAUCGAUUUUGGCUUAUCAAGAGUCGAAGGUGGCCACCUGACCUUACGCAGCAACCCGUACGGGAGCCAUUACGCCCCCGAGCUAUUUAAAGGUCAACCCUGCACCCCGGCCAGCGACAUUUAUUCGCUUGCAGUGAUGAUCUCCGACACCCAAAAUACCUUUGACAACCUCUGGCUGCCAGGGGUUAAAGACCUGUGCAAGAAAAUGCUCUGCCGCAGCCCACAGCACCGCCCAAGUCUCGCUAAAGUGAUUGAAGUUUUUAAGCAGUCCCUCGAGGAGCUCUCCCUUGAGGUGCUCUCCCCCUCCAAGACACACCACUGA